AAACACGUGAUAUAUAAUGUUAAUUUUACUAGCCAUCAAUUCUCUAAUGAUCUUCCCGUUGGUAUCAACUCACAGUGAGAGCAUUAAGAAUGAAGAAGAGUGCAAGAUAGCAGACCUAUGCGUACACGACAAGGUACCGAUGUGUGGGAUCGACUCUUGCGGCGAAAUGAGGACAUUUAUCGACACUUGUGAUAUGCAUGAGUUUAACUGUGAUAGUAAGAAAGAUUUCAAGCAGCGACCGAUCCACGAGUGUUGGGUGACUUGCAAAAGAGGAAGAUCGUUCAAAAAGCCCGAAUACAGAACCGAUUGUAAUUUAAAUGUAAAAGCCAGACAUUAA